AUCCUCAGAGUUCGAGAUGUUGCUUACCGCGGUGACGACGUUUGGGCUUCUGGCGCUCAGCGCCAGCUCCUCGAUUGACUCGGAGAGUAGUGAUGACGGAUCGACCAAGAUCAUCCUCGCUGCCCGCAAGGGUCCCAAAGGAUACGCGUCUUCUCUUCGCAGGAGGAAGAUGUCGGAGAUCAAUGUUCCACUUGGUGAUUACUAUCUUGGCACCGAUCUUCAAUGGUUUGGCAACAUCUCAGUUGGAACACCUCCACAGACAGUGGCCGUCAUCUAUGACACAGGGAGCUAUACGCUGGAGAUUGACGGUGUGCAGUGUGGUGCCCCAUGCGGGUCUCAGCCCAAAUUCGAUCCCUCCUUGAGCGCGACGUUCGUGGAUCUCAACGAGAACUCCACUCUCGUAUUCGAAACCGGCAUUGGUGUCGAUCCCCUCGAGUCCGACACCGACUUUGUCAUGUACCUCACUUCCGCCCGCGAUACUGUCACUAUUGGUGACAUAGUGACACAGAACGUAUCACUGUACACGAUCUAUAACCAGACGGCAGCCUUCACGCCGGAUCCCUUCAGCGGCAUCCAAGGCAUGGGUCCCUCUAUUGAUGGCUUCUGGGCUGGGGUGGUAAACAAGGGCCUACCAGCGUUGUUUGGAAUGUAUCUCACCCCGAAAGCUGUAGGCCACGCAGAGUUGACGAUUGCGGGCAUCGACCAGUCCAAAUUUCAAGGCAAAUCGCAUCUUCUAGUGAUAGAGACGAACACUGAUGUGCACAUAGGCGAGCUCACCUAUGCCAAUAUUCCUAGUGGCAUAGAUUUCUUGUGGGAGUUGGCCUCUCCCGUGCUUUACGUCAACGGCGAAACUAGAAGCAUCCUCAGGCAGAACCGCACCAUCUACUUUGACAGUGGGACGCCCAACGUGUACUUCGAUACUAACACAACAGAGGCCAUAUACGCGAUGAUCUCUCCCGAGAUUCAACCGUACGCCCCGGAGCCAGGCGCGUACGGCAUCGCUUGCAGUAAGAUCGACCAGCUGCCUGCGGAGAUCUCUGUCACAUUCACAAGCAUCACGGGCGAGCCGUUUAACCUGACGGUUCCCAGCAGCGAGUUCAACGUCGGUCCCUUCGAAGACGAGCCUACAAUCUGUCAGACAAUGAUCAAUGCGCUUGACGUAUUGGAUCUCCUCGGAGGCAGUUUGCUGAAGCAUUACUAUAGCGUGUGGGACAUUGACAACCAGCGACUGGGAUUCGCUCCGAAUGUGUAUUGAAGCAUCCAAGGGCGCAAGGUGGUGUCUGAAGGUCUCGCACCAGGUUCACCUACCUUUGAUUAUGCUAUUUUGUAUUCGCAGCACUGGUCAAUUGGCUCAUGUUUGCGUCCUUCAUCUCCG